GUCACCACAUGGGCGUACCUUGCUUACAGAAGUUCAGUCACUGACCAUUUUACGAUGAAGCACGUAUUCCCUGUUGCCCACGUAUCCACUGUUGCUCUCGUAGCGAUCCUCGCCGCCGCCACCGUAUCAGCUGCCACCCCAGUCAGUAUCUGUCAAGAUGCGACCUACUCUAUUGCUGGGUCGAUCUGCUCUGGCAACGGCUUAGCGCCUGUCGGACAAAGCUGCCCUCGAGUGGGUGACGUGGCGACCAAGGACUGCCAUCCGUACCUGCCUUCUUGGGACGCCAAGACGUCGACCUGCAUUCUGAAGGAGGACUCUGUCUGUACGAAACUCGCAUCUGGGGCGUGGGGAUGCGUCCUCCCAUCCAUCGGUUGCGGCCAACCUGCAAAGAAGAAGAACAGCAAGCCGUUCGACUGCGAUGCCUCGCAAUCAGCACCGGUGGCUGUGACGUCGUGGGAGUUUUCUGAAAACGACUCGCCCAGCCUUGCAACGGCGUCUGCCGCCUCCGCCCCUGCCUCAUGGUUUGUAGCGUCGACCGCCAAGGUGCAGUAUGAAGUCGGCUGCUUGAACUCUGCCAAGUUCGUCAAGACCACAACCACCGUUGCGCCUACUACUACGCAAUUGCGAACGGCCACUCCAACGUACCCGACGGCGUCCCCAGCGACUACCAUCACGGCCAAGCCAACCACCACUGCCGUCCCUGUUACCACAACCAAGCCACCAAGCACGGCUGCCCCUACCACAUCGAAAGCCACCACCACGGCUACCCCUACCACAUCGAAAGCCACUACCACGGCUACCCCUACCACAACCAAGGCGAUUACGACAGCCACCCCAUUGACCCCAGCGCCUACCACAACACAGGCGCCAACUCCGGCGCCUACCCCUGCACCCACCCCAGUUCCUACUCCUGCGCCUACCCCUUGUCCUACACCGCCCCCCACCCCUGUGCCUACUCCUGCACCAACACCUUGCCCCACAACUGCACCGACGCCUGCCCCUAAUCCCGAGCCCACCACUACGCCGACGGUGACCACGACGACUACUGCUAACCCGACCACCACGACUACUUCAAGCCCCACGACUACUGCUAACCCGAAUACCACGACUGCUUCCCCUUCCACGACUACUUCAAGCCCCACGACGACUACUGCUAACCCGACCACCACGACUGCUUCCCCAAGCACAACCACUGAGGCUCCGAACGGCGUUUAG